CCUAGAUCCUGUGGCCAAGUUAGAUAACCGUCUUGGGCCUCAGUUUCCUUAUUGGUGAAAGAGGAUAGUGGUGGUACUCCUGGAUUACUAAGGGUUAAGUCCAACCGAUUAACAUUUGUAAGUUGUAAAGAACAUGCUAAGUGUUGAAGAUAUCCAUAAAUUGCAGCUGUCACUAUUAUAAGAUUCAUAAUGGGGCAUGGGGAGAAUUUGUCUUGUUUUAAAGCAUUUCAGAUGGUUCCUUGUAAAAGGUGGCAUUCACAGCUGUCUUAAAACUGUGAAAAAGAGUGAUGUCAGAGGGUGCAUCUGAGGAUAAGAGGCUUGUUUAUAAAUGGAAUAAGGGAAUUACAGUGUACAAAACAGUUGCUAAAUUGACUUCAAGUGGAAAAACACAGUUUAAUUAGUAGGAGACAGUUGUCCCCAAAAGGAAUAUCUUUGGUCACUGAACAGCCAUUGAGCACACCCUGUGAUGUGCUGGGUAUGGGAUUAGUUGCUGGGGAUUCCGAGAUGAAUGAGACUCAGUUUCUGUACAUAAGCACCUUUGUAUCUAGUGUCCGGGGAAUCUUGCUGCUGCGCUCCCAGCGCCGCACUGUCCCGAGUGCGCCACGGGCUCGGCCCCUGAUACAUGCUUUUUAGUUUUUUUUCUCUUAUUAAAAUAGGUAGUUCUUGUGCUCCCUAAUUGUAUUCCCAUAGGAAGAUAAAUAAAUGUUGGUGUUUGAGGAAAAAUAUUAAAUUGAAAAAAGUUUUUAGUCAUUAAAUGUACUUGAUAUUGAACUGAAUGAAGCUUUAACAGUACACAUUUUCUUUGGAUACAUGCUUUAUUGAAGAGAAUUUUAACACUUUCCCAGAGUAGAGCAUAUGAGUUGAUUUAAAUGUUAUUCACUGUAUGUCAUUAAUUUCUUAAAUAUGCUUCUUCACUCUUUCAGAGUUACUGGAGAAUGUAACCUUAAUACAUAAACCAGUGUCUUUGCAACCCCGUGGUCUGAUUAAUAAAGGAAACUGGUGCUACAUUAAUGCUACAUUGCAGGCACUGGUUGCUUGCCCUCCGAUGUAUCACCUGAUGAAGUUCAUUCCUCUGUAUUCGAAGGUGCAAAGGCCUUGUACAUCAACACCCAUGAUAGACAGCUUUGUUCGGCUAAUGAAUGAGUUUACUAAUAUGCCAGUACCUCCAAAACCCCGACAAGCUCUUGGGGAUAAAAUCGUGAGGGAUAUUCGCCCUGGAGCUGCCUUUGAACCCACAUAUAUUUAUAGACUCCUGACAGUUAUCAAGUCGAGCCUGUCUGAAAAGGGUCGACAAGAAGAUGCUGAGGAGUACUUAGGCUUCAUUUUAAAUGGACUUCAUGAGGAAAUGUUGAACCUAAAAAAGCUUCUCUCACCAAAUAAUGAAAAAUUUAGGAUUUCCAAUGGGCCCAAAAGCCACUCGGUGAAUGAAGAAGAGCAGGAAGAACAGGGCGAAGGGAGUGAGGAUGAAUGGGAGCAAGUGGGUCCCAGGAAUAAAACCUCGGUCACCCGCCAGGCAGAUUUCGUUCAGACUCCAAUCACCGGCAUUUUUGGUGGACACAUCAGGUCUGUGGUUUACCAGCAGAGUUCAAUAGAAUCUGCCACUUUGCAGCCAUUUUUCACAUUGCAGUUGGAUAUCCAGUCUGACAAGAUACGUACAGUCCAGGAUGCAUUGGAAAGCUUGGUGGCAAGAGAAUCUGUCCAAGGUUAUACCACAAAAACCAAACAAGAGGUUGAGAUAAGUCGAAGAGUGACUCUGGAAAAACUCCCUCCUGUUCUCGUGCUACACCUGAAACGAUUUGUUUACGAGAAGACUGGUGGAUGUCAGAAGCUUAUCAAAAAUAUUGAAUAUCCUGUGGACUUGGAAAUUAGUAAAGAACUGCUUUCUCCAGGGGUUAAAAAUAAGAAUUUUAAAUGCCACAGAACCUAUAGGCUAUUUGCAGUGGUCUACCAUCACGGCAACAGUGCGACGGGUGGUCAUUACACUACAGAUGUCUUCCAGAUUGGUCUGAAUGGCUGGCUGCGCAUCGAUGACCAGACAGUCAAGGUGAUUAACCAGUACCAGGUGGUGAAGCCAACUGCUGAACGCACAGCCUACCUCCUGUAUUACCGCCGAGUGGACCUGCUGUAAACCCCCUGUGCGCCAUGUGUGUGUGUGCCUGAUGCCCGCUUCGUAGAACAUCGACUCUCACUAACUUCCUGCCUCUCUUUAGUGGCUCUUUAGAGAGAAACUCUUUCUUCCUUUUGCAGAAAUGGGCUAGAAUGAAAAGGAGAUGCCUUGGGGUUUGUGCGCAACAUAACUUAUGUUGACUUCUAACUUCCAAAUCAAAAUCAUUUGGUUGAAACAGACUGUUGCUUGAUUUAAAAAAACACACAUAAACCCAUAUUUCUAAAAUAAUGCUGAUUCCUGAGAUAAAAAAGGGGAACUUCCAUUUGAUUCCCAGGCUAAUUGCUUAGUAGAAUCAAUCCUGCACCAGCAACACUUGUAAAUUUGUGAAAAUGAAUUUUAUCUUUCCUUAAAAAGUAAAUUUUUUAAUCCAUCACACUUUUCUCCCUCACCCUUUAGUUUUUGAUAAGUGAUAAAAAUGAGCCAGAUAUCAGAGAAGAAAUAGUUCUUUCUUCAAAAGAAAAAAUAAACACAAAAAAUAAGUUGCUGGUUCCUAACAGGAAAAGUACAUUUUAAUAAUUGUGCAGUGAGAAACUGCUCACGUACACAUUGCAGAUAAAAGUUUGGAGUCAAGGUGUUAGCCUGCACAGAUGGGUGAUUGUAGCUUUAUUGCCAUUAAAAGAUUGCGCUCAUGUGUCUGUGUACACACAAUGAAAAAUGGGCCAGAUAGUGAAGACUGAUCCUCAAGUCUGCUCUGUUUAAUUCCGCUGUCUGCUCUUCUGUAAUGCUGUGUCCCUUAUUGUACACAGUUUAGUGGUAUUUAGGAGUAUAAAGUUGUCGCCCGUCAAUAAAAAUCACCAAGUUGGUUUAAAGCUGUGUGUGUCUCUUUGAAUGCAAAUGCCUUUUCCAGUAACUGGAAUUCACGGGGUCACAACUUCGCCUCCAUAAUUAAAAUAAGCCUUUGAUUGGCUUGAUGGGUUUGUGGAAGCUGAACCCAGACUCAGGUUGUGCUUGUCCGGUAUUUCCAAAGGUAGUAACUGUAGUGAUCUGGGUCAAUGAAGUUUUGAAUGUUCAAUUAGCAGAAAAAGGGAGGUUUUCUACCCUUUUUUCCUCCCUCCAUUGUUUUUGUAUCCCAUCAUUUUUCAGAAUCACCAAAAUUGUUUGUUUAGAUCAAGGCUGAGCAUCCUUUUAAUCAAGGGGCAGCUUAACGGUGCCUCUGGAUGCCACCCUUAGGGAGUGGAAAGGAAGCCCUCUCUACAGAAGAGAUGGAGAGAAGAGAAGAGACCACCAGCAGUGUGCUCUUAUGCCUCUUGUGUAUAAUGUAUAGUAGUGUACUGGGAUCUACAGACAAGCUGUUUUACCAUGUGGUGUUCCUAAUCAUAGCCUUUGCCACUGUGGGGUUCAGAGCUUACUUUGUAAAAUCAUUGUACCAACGUUGUCUGCUUAGCCUGCUUACUCUGUUGUAACCUAUUCUGAUUUGUUUGGCUGAAUUAUAAGUCAUAUUAUAAUUAGCUUCUCAUUAAAAUAAUAUACAAUUCUUGUG